ACAAAACUACAAACUUUACUCCCUCCCCUUUACAGAAAAAGAAAAAGAAAAAGAAAAGGCCUUGAUGCAAAACGCGUCGCUUCCAACUUCUUUCAGUUUCCAACAUUCAGCUGUGUGUGAAAAUGGAGGGCACUCUUCUUCUGAGCACAACAUGUGUUUCAAGUUCUCUCAAGCCACAGCAUCUUUCUUUUUCCUCCCAUCAACCACAGUCACAGAGUCGAGCCCUGGCACGCAAGAUUUCUUGAUGGAUGUGUUUGAAUGCCUUUCAUUUGGGGUGUGCUUAGAACAGAUAAUCCGGAAAUGGAAGCAGGAAGAGUGUUUUGAUGGCAAGGAUAUUUAUGUAGAUUGUGUGCCGCUAAUACGAAGUUUAAGUAGACAAAAGAUGCCUCAUGUAGCCCAGGAGCUUUUACUUGAAAUGAAAUCCGAUGGUCUUUUGCCUAGCAACUCCACUCUAUCUGCUUUGAUGCUAUGCCAUGCGAACAAUGGCCUUUUUCCUCAAGCUGAGGCAAUUUGGGACGAAAUGUUACAUAGUUCUUUUGUGCCUACUAUUCAGGUUGUUUCCGAGUUAUUUGAUGCUUAUGGCAAUGUGGGAUGUUUCGAAAAAGUGAAUGAAAUUUUGGCUCAGAUAAGGUCGAGGAAUUUAAGUUUGUUUCCAGAGGUUUACUCACUGGCUAUCUCUUGCUUUGGGAAAGGGGGGCAGCUUGAAUUGAUGGAAGGCACAUUGAAAGAAAUGAUUUCAAGGGGUUUCCCAUUGGACUCUGCCACUGGUAAUGCCUUUAUUAGAUACUAUAGCAUUUUUGGUUCUCUGACUGAGAUGGAGACCGCUUAUGGCCGCCUUAAGAGGUCUAGGUUUCUUAUAGAGGAAGAGGGAAUCCGGGCAAUGUCAUUUGCGUAUCUGAAGAAAAGGAAGUUUUACAGAUUAGCUGAGCUCCUGAAGAAUGUUGGUCUAGGUAGAAGAAACUUGGGAAAUCUUUCUUGGAACCUUUUGUUGUUAUCCUACGCUGCCAAUUUUAAGAUGAAAAGCUUACAAAGAGAAUUUCUGAGAAUGGUGGAAGCUGGUUUCCACCCUGAUCUUACUACAUUUAAUAUUCGUGCUCUGGCCUUUUCUAGGAUGUCUCUACUCUGGGAUCUCCAUCUGAGUCUUGAACACAUGAAACAUGAGAAAGUUGUUCCUGAUCUUGUGACUUGUGGUUGUGUUGUUGAUGCGUACUUAGAGAGAAGACUAGGAAAAAAUUUGUAUUUUGCUCUCAAUAAAAUGAAUUUGGAUGAUUCUCCACUCAUAUUAACAGAUCCAUUUGUGUUUGAAGUUUUGGGAAAAGGGGACUUUCAUGCAAGCUCAGAGGCAUUUUUGGAGUUCCAGAGUCAGAGGGAAUGGACUUAUAGGAAGUUAAUUUCAGUAUAUUUGAAAAAGAAAUAUCGGAGGAACCAGAUCUUUUGGAAUUACUGACCAGUGACCUGCACUUCGUGUAAAGACAUGUUUGACCGAUUGUUAGAGAAGGAUUGUCGCUGACAAUAGCAUGUCUAUCAGUUACAGUUCUCAUUCUAUUGGUUCAACAAGUGCAUGUAUUUAUACAAGAUGAUAAUUGCAGCUCAGAUAUAUGCAUCGCCCUAUAUUGUGCAUGGGUAUGUCUCUGCACUUUCUUCUUAUGUUCAUUCUGGAUAACCGAAAUUUUCCUGAUCUCCAAGGUCUUACGUAGGCUCCCCUUGUUCAAGCUGAAAUGAAGUUGGAUAUUGGUGAUGGAUAUCGUGCCAAUAUAAUGCUAGAGAUGCUAACCUGAACUUACCAAAUUUGCAACGAAAUGCUACAUUCACUCAGACUUUAAGUACACUCAGAGGAGUAAGAAAUAAAUGUAAGAGUAGUCCUACUAUUUCUUUUGAAUCUCACAUGCUGAAACUAAUCUGUCAGUCAAAACUAAUUCCCCUCGUGUCUGUUUCCCUUGCUAUUUACUGCAGCUUCUCUUUCUGUCUAUUGGCUUUGAUGCGUGUUCUAUGCUUCACAUAAACUGCUAUGAAACCUUAAAUCGCA